CCCCCCCCUCUCUCCUCCUCUCUCCUCUCUGUACCCCCUCUAAUCUCUUGACCCCUACCCUCUUUAUUCCCCUUCACCCCUAUCUGACUCUCUCCCCCCCCUCUCUCUCCCUCUCUCCCCCUGUCCGGGGCGGGCGGGCUGUGCAUUGUGUGUGUGUGUAUAUGAGUGAUCAUGGCGGCAGAGUUGGCACUGCCCGCUGAGCUGCCCAGCAGCCCACUGGCCAUCGAGUACGUGAACGACUUUGACCUGAUGAAGUUCGAGGUGAAGAAGGAGCCGGGCGAGGCGGAGCGUUACUGCCAGCGCCUGAACCCUGCCGGCUCCUUGUCCUCCACUCCCAUCAGUACCCCGUGUAGCUCGGUGCCCUCGUCUCCCAGCCUGUGUGCAGCCAGCCCGGGCAGCGGCUGCAGUGCCAAGACUCAGCAACUUGAAGAUCUGUACUGGAUCACCAACUAUCCCCAACAUCUCAACCCCGAGGCGCUCAGCCUCACCCCCGAGGACGCGGUGGAAGCGCUGAUCGGGAGCUCGCAGUCCCACCACCCGCACCACCACCACCUGGAAGCGUACAGGGGCCAGCAGUUCCCCGGCGAGGAGGUCCCCAUGAACGGCCACCACCACCACCACCAGGGGAAUCCCCAUCACCUCCACCACCACCACCACCACCACCUCCACCAUCUCCGGCUGGAGGAGCGAUUCUCGGACGACCAGCUGGUCAGCAUGUCGGUUCGGGAACUCAACCGCCAGCUGCGGGGUUUCAGCAAGGAGGAGGUGAUCCGCCUGAAGCAGAAGAGGAGGACAUUGAAGAACCGGGGCUACGCGCAGAGUUGCCGCUACAAGCGGGUCCAGCAGAGACACAUGUUGGAGAGCGAGAAGUCCCUGCUCCAGCAACAGGUGGAGCAGCUGAAACAGGAGGUGUCCAGGCUGACCAAGGAGAGGGACAUCUACAAGGACAAGUACGAGAAGGUGGCGGGCAGGAGCUACCGAGACCACGCCGCUUCCAACCCCGGCAAGAACGGCCUCUCCUCCAGCGAGUUCUUCAUGUGAGAGGCUGCAGUUGGACCAGGGUUGGGCGAAGGAGAAGGUCCUCUAGAUGUUCCGCUCAGUGUUGUUGGGCAGGUGCAGAGACUGAACCAUCCACGUGUGGGGACUCUGGUCAAUGCAACCAUCUCGGCAACUCCCUCACAAACAUGAGCAUGGACUUCCACCGAUACAAACGUGGAGGAGCAACGUGGAGGAUAGCAAUAGUUGGGGGAGCAACGUGGACUUUCCGAAAGCACCAGCCCUCAUGCGGGACAUGUAUGGUCGCUGGUUUCCCGUCGUUCCACGGUCUUGGAGCGAUGGGGGGA